AUGACCAACAUCACGCUCAUCUGUCACGUCCUGGGCGAGGAUCCCGAGAAUAUAUUUAGUUUCAACAUCGAUAAGGGAUUGAUGGUCAGCGAACUCAAGGAAACUAUCAAGGAGAAGAGAGAUAAUCUAUUUAGCAAGACUGAUGCUGCCCUGAUCAAGCUCUGGCGAGUCGACAUCCCUUUCGACGUAGAAAAUAAUAGGUUAACGGUUCUGAAAAGUAAAAACGCCUCUAUUGACAUCGCGGAGGCUCUGAACGGCACAAAGAUACAACCGGGCUAUGACAUUGAGGAAUACUUCAACGUGUCGCCGCCCAAAAAACGCAUCCAUAUUAUCGUCGAACCGCCAAUUAUUCCUAGACAAAAGCAUGGCAUGAGCAGGCAACCCUCGCAAGAAGCCGAUAUUGAGACUGCUAAACGACAGAAGAUUCAAGAUGACUACAACGAGACAGUUGCGGCUGGCCAAGCGGCGAGUGGCCCAUCGACUGGCUCAAUACCCCGGGAUCGUAUAGAAGGAUCAACGCUGGUGCUAAGCAAAGAAAAGUUUCAAGACUUUCCCGUCGACGCCUUGAACGACUAUUCCUUGCUUCGUACGCAACCCGAAUAUGCUUACUUCGACCGCACGGGAUACAUAUCGGUUCUCGAUUCCAUUCGUCAUCCUGCGUUGCUCUUCCUACGACCACGGCGAUUUGGAAAAUCGCUGACUCUAAGCAUGCUGGCCCACUUUCACGGGGUGGAGCACAGGGAAAGAUAUGCCGAGCUUUUCUCGAAUCUUGACGUCGAUAAGGACGUCCAGGCUGGCAAGGUCACCCCUGGCCAAUACCUUAUGUUAUCGCUCGAUUUCAGUGCCAUCAACCGCUCCGCCGACGUGAAGGUUGCGGAAUAUGAUCUCCAACAAAUGCUGAACAACUCCAUCAAACAGUUCUAUUCAACCUAUGCACGCUACCUGGGAAACAGAUCGAGCGAGGAGCUCAUCGAGAGGCUUGUGAACCCGGAGAGUGCUACCUCCAGCCUUAAAGAAUGUGUUAGAGUGGUCCAGGAGAAACUCCGUGCCGUGCAGAAAGAUGAUGACAACGCUCCACUUGCUGGCGUCAAAGGGAUCUAUCUCUUGGCUGACGAAUGCGACGCUUUUGGCAACGAGUAUCUCAAUCCUGAAGAUCGUGCUAACUGGAACUAUAUCCAUAAGAAUUCAUUGCUUAAAGGCUUCUGGGGUAGUGUAAAGAGUAAUUUGGGCGAGUUUCAGAUCACCAAGUGUUUCAUCACAGGUGUAUCGCCACUUUCGAUGACCGACCUUACAAGUGGCUUCAAUGUCGCAAAGAACAUCUCGGACAGUCCAGCUUUAUCCGGUCUUUGUGGUUUCAGUCGUGAAGAUGUGAUCGCUGCUCUGAAGCUGCCCGAGGUCUGUGGCUUACAGAAUGAAGUCGAGGAUCGUUUUAAUACUAUGGAGACUUUCUUCAAUGGCUAUCGUUUCUCUUCGAUUGCCCAAGUUCCGCGAGUUUUCAACACCAACACAUGCCUUGAGUAUUUCCAGUCUUUGAUCGACAAAGAGCCUCCUAAGCGAGACAACCCCUCGAACUCGGAAGUCUCUGAGACGACUCUUAAGCUGCUCGCUUCCUCGCAUAUCGUGCAAGACAUUCUUGAAAGGACCGCAAGCGAUUCAAUAACGGACAAUAAGUGGCGCACUAAGAUUCCGUAUUUGUCGUUGAAGGAUAUGUUUCGAUUUGAGGACUUAAUGCGUGUCAGAGAUAGCAAACAAGAAUGGCUGAGCUACAUGCGAUAUAUAGGAGGUCUCACGUAUGCUGAUGAUAUGCCCAACAAGCAUCUUCAAUUUCCAAAUUUUAUCGCUUUCAAGCGUUUUGGGGCCGCUACCUUAGACCGUUAUGAUCUAAAUGAAGAUGAUAUCGUCGAUGCAAUCGGAAAAAUUGCGGCAAAUGGAGACGUCUCGGGGCUGUUGAAUUGCUACCAGAAGAUGAUGAGCCGGCGCGAUGUCACUGAAGCGGAUUUCAAUAAUUCAGAAGAAAGACACCGUGAUAAUAUCUUUUAUCCACUUCUCAAGAACCCGGUUCUAUUGCAAGCCUAUCCCGAAUAUAUUGUUACCAAGCCGUCAGGUGGAGGAGGACGGGUUGAUCUGCUUAUUGAGGCACCGAGCACAAACCGCGCUGCGCUCCUCGAAUUCAAGGUUAUCAGGAUUCCUUACGUAAACAUUAAUCCUGCGGGGGCAUCGGGUCCCAAUCAAACGUCAAAUUUCUUAAAAGCAUUGGCAUUGAGCUACAUGUCAGAAGCGGAAACCAUCCUUGACCUCAAGUUUCCUCCGUACGACAAGUAUCGUCCUAAUCAACGUAUAGGCGACUGGAUUGAAACGCAGAAGCCACAAUUGGUGAAUUAUUGGGAGAGCACUCAAAUCUCUGAGUUACGCCAGCGGCGCGAUGUAAUUGCCUAUCUGGUCUUGAUCAUUGGUAGUCGAAAAAUUCUAUUCUGGCAGUUGAAUGAAGAUGGUAAAUCUUGGUCAGCACCUCAGCUAGUGACUGCUUAG